AACCGAUUCACAUUUGAGGUGUUGCACACACAAACAUUUUCUCAUCCUCAAGCAGCUCUCUCAGUAUACAUCGUCAACCGAGUCACAAAGAGUCUCGCGUUUGUGUUUGUGUCGUCUUGAUAGUGCAUCGAUAUUUCCGUCACAAUAAUUCAGAGAUAGAAAUCAACUGUUGCAUUCAUUGUUUUCACGUGGCGCUGUGUCUCUAAGCUUCUCCCAUUUCGUCCGUCCAAGAAGCGGUGAUAUCCGGAUAGUACAUAAAGAAAAAUCUCCAUUUAAAAGUUAUACAAUGCCGCUCGAUUGCGGAGCCACCGUGGUGAAAUACGUUCUGUGUCUGUUCAACUUUGCCCUUUUCUGGGGAGGAGCGGCCGUUUUAGGUAUUGGAAUUUGGUUAGCCGCCGACCAGAGUUCGUUUCUCACUCUGAUCAAAUUUACUCAAGCUGAAAAUGUGCAGAAUUUGGUACAACCAGCAGUUAUCACCCAAAGUGCCUAUUUGCUGAUUGCUGCUGGAGCUUUUAUCUUCAUCGUCAGUUUCCUGGGCUACUGCGGCGCUGUCAAAGAAUCUCGGGUUCUUCUCGGACUAUACGGCGCCUUCGUCUUUGUCAUUGUGGCCUUGGAGAUUACCGCAGGAAGUCUGGCUGCGACUUACCAACAGGAGGCUGAAAAGGAAAUCAAAACCUACAUGAUGACGGCACUGAAAGACCAUUACAACACCCAACAGGAAGCAGAUGCCUUGACGACUUCAUGGAACUUGAUGCAAGGUCAACUGUCGUGUUGCGGAGUCAACAAUUUCACCGACUUUGCAGGCACUCCGUGGAUGAAAAACAGAACGUCUGGACAUUUGUUGCCCGUUUCCUGCUGUAAACUCCGUGGAAAGUUGAUUGAUUUUCAGCCGGAAGAUCAACGAUGUAUGACCAGCCCCACUGAUGAUAAUUCAUAUCGUAUGAAGGGAUGUUACUCCCGUAUAAUCGAGUACUUCCAUUCUCAUAUGGAAAUUGUUAUCGGCGUUGGUGUCGGACUGGGUGUGACUCAAAUUCUGGGCAUCGUCUUCGCCUUUUGUUUAUGUCAGGCUAUUGAUAAUGAUUUCAUCAAGUAAAAAAGUACCUAAGCUUAAAUAUCUCUCCUUCAUGACGCAGUUAUUCUCAUAAGAUUCCCGCCUUGUUUUUGUUUUAUUAAGAACGUAAGCCAUCACAUUUUGAAACUAUGUAAUUCAGUGUCUAGGAUUAAUCGGGACCAACUAAGAUCUGAAAUCACUAUGAAAAAAAAAAGUAUGUUGUUCAUUUAGCUUUCACUUUAUAUUUCUCUGCUGUUGUUUAUUGCGAGACAUGAUGAUUCGACGAACAAGUGCCUAUUCCAUCUCAAAGAGUCGCACACAUUGUAUAAUAAUAAUAAUGCCUUAUAUCAUGAUCACGUUAAUAAUAUUUUUUUUUUACUCUCGAAAGAAUCAUUUCAGAAAUAAAAAGAAAAGACGAAUUUAUCGAACAUUUCGAGAUU